CAUGGAUAAAAAGCAUCAGGGAGUGAACUUGUCAAGUCGCAGGAAAGUUUUUCAUUCUUUGCGCAGACAGUUGGUUUUUUUUCCUUCCUUCUUCUUUUUUUUUUUUCGUGAAAGUUGGGGAGCUCUCUGUCCCGUCCAGGAGCGACUGAGAAAAGUCCCCGAGAAGUGAGCUGUUGGCUGCGGGCGCACGGAGGGCUGCACCUCCGCAACACCAAGGACAGUGAAGAAUCGCUUCACUGAGAGAUCAGAGGAGGAGGACAGGAAGGGAGAGAGCUAGAGAGGGAGAGAGAAAGAGAGCUUGAGAUAGAGACCCUAUCUCACUCUCCGAUUCUUCACAAGCUCGUGUCCGGCGUCACACAACUGCAGGACAAUGUCCAGAAAAGCGACUUUAGCAUUACUCAUCUAUGGAAUCAUAAUGCAUCACAGCAUCACCUGCUCACCUGUGGGGAUUAGCUUUCCAAGUUUCAGACUUGACAGUGAGGUUUAUGAUGAGGAUGGUAAUUCUUUACCGUCUCUGGAUUAUGAUGGAGAACAAAUAGAGGUGAGAAGCCCUUCAUCUGUCACGGACGACGUCUUCACUAUGUUCUACCCUCCAGAGAAAAGAACGGAAAGACAUGCAGACGGCAUGUUUAAUAAAGCCUACAGGAAAGCACUGGGUCAGUUAUCAGCAAGGAAAUACCUUCAUUCUCUGAUGGCAAAACGUGUAGGCGGAGGGAAAUCGUUGGAUGACAGCUCGGAGCCCCUGUCCAAGCGACACUCAGACGGGAUCUUCACAGACAGCUACAGCCGCUACAGAAAGCAAAUGGCAGUGAAGAAGUACCUGGCGGCGGUCCUGGGGAAAAGCCUUGAAGACAUAGGUUUUCACCAAAUCCUACAAGUGAUAGACUUUGAUGCCCUCCCGGACGGGGAUGAGUUUGAAGCUUUUUUGGGAGACUGGCUGAAACAGUUCUCUCCUGAAUUUGCGGUGAGUUUCCGGCUCUUUCCCGAGGCUGUGUCCUCACCAGGGCUUCUCACCUCUCUUCCUUUUUUUUCCUUUUCUUUUUCUCACCUUGUGAUCUUGCUUCAGACUCUUCUUUCACCUCAUCUGUGCUCCCGUCUCACAGAUUUUGAUUUUAACAGUUUGACAAGCAGAGUUUUAGUUUGACUUAUACACUGCACUUAUUGUUGUUGAAUGACUGGCUUGAACGAGGCCUAUUUUAACUCAGAUCCAUGGGGUUCUGUGGAAAAGGUUAUGACCAAGUAACUUAUCGUAGAGAGCUCUUUGAACAACCUCAGUUUGGAAAAAAUGAGUUUAAUUCUGAACAAAUUGAUGAGAUAACUGCUGUUCCAAGCUAGGCUAGAACAACUCCAAUAGCAUAAAAAAAAUCAUAGAAUUUCAUACAUAUUGUAUCAGUGUCACAUUACACAAUAAUUCCAGCACAAGCAUUGGACUAUUUUUGCUGGAAAUGACUGGAAAUGACACAGAAAGUGCUACAGUUAGCUGCUGCUGCCACUAGUUCUGCUCAAAAACCAUCUUAAAUUCAUAAAGUGGAAGUUGCUGUUACUGUUCACAUAGAGGUCAGUUUCCAUAGUGAGGUUUUCAAACCUAAGAACACUAUGAAGCACGGUGGCGGUAGCAGCAUGGUGCGGGCUGUUUUGCUGCCAGUGGUUUUUUAAUACAAAACUGAAAAAGAUUAAAAUGUUUCAUAGCAGUUUUCAUGAAUUGCUAAGAAAAUUUUGAGAUUGGUCUUGUUUCAAGUUGGCAGCAAGAUGGUCAUGAUUGCAUUUGGACUAGCCAUUAGCUCGUUAGUGCAGUUAGAAUUACCGACUGUUCCUCUAACUAUUCUUGUUGCUGGUGUCAAAUGAGCUAUCUACAACAGGUAAGAUAUUAAUUGUUCAUUCUACCUUUUUCUUUGGAACCCCAUGUCAGCAGAUCUAUGAAUCAAUUUGAGUUUGGACAUGUUUCCAACAGAAAAAUCUCAAAUUUGACACAAGGACCAGAGUACUUUUGAGGUUUUUCUCAUCCUUUUUUCUCUACAACAGUGUUUACAAAUUGAUCUUAGACCUUUUGACUUGUGUAAAGUGCCAAUAUUGUGUAUCUAUCAACUGGGUUGUCUGUGUUUGGAGGUUUUCUCAUAUCUCUCUGCCCAUAUAAUAAGUAUCAUUAAGCUUUUCAGCAUUAUCAGGCAAAUAAAAAUAGAGGAAAAGGAAAAAAAAAGAAGAGGAAUGAUACUUGUUACAUGGAAACUUCAUCACUUUCUUCUUUGUGAGAGACUUACAAGGUGGUUUGAACUUUUGUGUUUGAACCCUUUGGGUGCAUUGUGCUUCCCUUUUCUGUCACGUGAACCAAUGUACAAACUACAGUAGACUGCAUGAUUAAAGUAAUUGCACUAGCCACUGCAUUUGUGCAGCCAACCAAAUGGUUUUGCUUGCUUUUUGACUACUACAAACACACAUAUCUGUGACUGCUGGAUGUUUUUAUUUUAUUUUAUUUUUGUGUGUAUGCGUGUGUGUUUUUUUCUUUUCACUCACAUCACACAAACUGUUGGUAUGUUUUUCCAAUUAAGAAUGUAUUUUACUGAAGACAAGAAUUUCUCUGUUCAAUGCCAUCCUUUAUAGACAUAAAAAGAUUUUUGUAUUUAAAAAAAUGUAUCUCAGAGAAAGAGCUGUCUACAACUAAAGUGGUAAUUUUCCAUGAUUUGUAUUUUCAGUUUUGCACAAAAAAAGCUGCCAAAACUAAUCACAUUUCAACAACAGGAAGAGCAAAAUUAAAAAUUAAAGGGGAUAAUGAGGACGAUUAAACUGCUGGUUUUGAAAAGCAGAUUAGCCAAAUCUUUUCAGAGGACAUGAAACAAAUAAAAACGACAGAGUUAGGUUCUUCGAUUUGUGUUUACUGUAUCAAUCUCUCUUUAAUUUUGCAUUUCCCUCCAGGCUUUGUGACGCAGGAUGCAGUUUGCAGCUGUGGUGCCUUGCAUCGACUGUAAAAAAAAUGCCAUGAAUCACAGAUGGCUCUUUAGUAGCCCUUCAAUGCUGCACAUCUUCAGCUCACAUUUCAUCACCUUUUAGUUGUUGUCUUUGUGGCACGCCAAUGUUCGAUAGGAUCUUAAUCGCCGUCAAGCUUAGACAUCCAUAAUUUUUGCUUGCACUGCUUUUCUUGUGUGCACUUUGUUUUAGAGCACUAGUUUUACUUGUGUGUGUGUGUGAAAAGACAAGGAAGCUGAAGCUUCUUCGUGAAUUAUUACAUGUAUGAUAAUAAAAGCGCCCAUAGCCUUACAAAACUGAAAUAAUCUUCAGAUACAUAUAUAAAUAUUUAUAUUUACUGUGUGAAAAGUGAUAGACUACAAAAACUGAGAUCUAUAAGGUUCAAGUCAAUAAAUGUCUAAAAAAAAUUGUGUUGUAAGAUUUGUAUGAAUAAAUUUUUGUAAACAACAAA